AUGAAUCUUCUACAUAUUUGUGCUGUGUUAAUACUAGCAAGUGUAUUAACACAGACUAAUGCCACUCCCAGCCAAGGAGAAUUUACUUUGCUCAACGAUGUUAUUCUGAGUUCCACCAAAGAAGCAAAGAAGCUGGUAGACGACGCUUACUUCCAGACUAGGACUAAGUUAAAGACACGAUCGAAAAGGGAAACUGCAACAUUUCAAGAUGUAAUGGCAUUCUUCAAGCAACCUGUGGGAACAACCAGAAAUAUUAUCCGAUCCGCAGAUUACUUGGAUGUGACUCUCCAGCUAAUAACUGAAAAAUUGAAAACUACCCAACUUGGCCCCUUCAAUGUUUCAGAUGUUCUAACAGAGGAGCAAAAACAAAUUAUUUCUCAGCUGACUGGAUGCGCCUAUCAGUACUUGCCAAAAGUGUGUGACCCUUCACCCUACAGUAGGAUCACUGGAGAGUGUAACAAUAGAAAGAAGCCUAUUCUUGGUGCAUCCAACACUGGUUACAAACAUCUUCUCAACCCAGAAUACGAGGAUGGUAUAUCACUGCCACGAGGCUGGACUAAAAGCCGUCCCAUCAAUGGGUUUACUCUACCAUUGGCACGUGAUGUGUCAAAUGAAGUAGUGAAGUUCCACACUGAGUCAUUGACAUUGGAUGAAGGUAGAUCGCUCAUGUUCAUGCAGUGGGGUCAGUGGCUAGACCAUGAUACUGACCUCGCUCCCGACACCCCUGUAAGAUCAACAUUCUUUGAAGGCGUUGAUUGUGAAAAGAGCUGCGUGCAGGCACACCCUUGUUUCCCAUUAAUGAUCCCGCCAAAUGAUCAUCGAUAUGUUAAUGGAUCUGAAUGUAUCCCCAUAUUUCGCUCAGCCCCAGUGUGCAGUUUGGUAACUCCAGUUCGUAGACAGAUUAAUGCCCUGACCUCAUAUGUUGAUGGAAGCCAGGUGUAUGGUAGUGACAUCAAACUAGCCACCAUGCUUCGUAACAACACUAACCAACUAGGUCUAUUGGCAGUUAAUCAGCAGUUUACUGACAAUGGCUUCCCCUUCCUGCCUUUUAAUGGAAAUACAGAAGACCAGUGUGCCAGGACAAACCAGUCAUUAGGAGUUCCUUGUUUUUUGGCAGGGGACAGUCGAGUUAGUGAACAACCAGGACUGACAGCCUUCCAUACCCUCUUCUUGCGAGAACAUAACCGUAUUGCGACUGAGCUGCAUGAGUUAAACCCAAGUUGGUCAGGAGAAAUAUUAUAUCAAGAAACCCGAAAGAUAAUAGGAAGCAUCCAGCAGAAAAUAACAUACAAAGAUUGGCUGCCAAUGCUGUUGGGCAGUGAGAUGUCAAAAGUUCUUCGCAGAUAUAAAUCUUACAAUGAGGAUGAAGACCCUUCAAUAUCAAAUGUGUUCACCAUUGCCUUCAGAAUGGGUCAUACCCUAAUACAGCCAUUUAUCUACAGAUUAGCAGAUGGUUACAGACCCUAUAAUCCAGAACCAAAAGUCCUGCUCCAUAAAACAUUCUUUACCACAUGGAGGGUGGUGAGACAAGGUGGAAUUGAUCCUCUACUCCGUGGAAUGAUAGCCAAUAAAGCCAAGCUAAACUGCCAGGAUAAGAUGGUGGUUGAUGAACUAAGGGAGCGUCUCUUCGAGAUGAUCAAUCACACUGGUCUUGAUCUAGCUGCUCUUAAUAUACAGAGAGGUCGAGAUCAUGGUUUACCAGGAUAUAAUGCAUGGAGAAGGUUCUGUGGCCUUUCUGCUCCACGAAACGUAGAUGAACUAUGUACUGUACUGAAAAAUAGGAAGCUUGCCGAAAACCUAAUAAAAUUAUAUGGGACGCCUGAAAAUAUUGAUGUCUGGGUUGGAGGAGUUUCUGAACCUUUGGUUCCCAGAGGAAAGACUGGAAAGCUGCUUAGUUGUUUAAUUGGAGAACAGUUCCGUAGAACUAGAGAUGGAGAUCGGUUUUACUAUGAAAAUCCUUCCGUAUUCAGUGAAGCCCAAAGAACAUCAAUAGAGAGAGUGACUCUUGCACAUAUCAUAUGUGCUAAUACCAAUAUAAAAAAGGUCCCUCGAAAUGUCUUUAUGGGCAAUCAGUACCCAAUCGGUUUCAUUCCAUGUUCCUCUUUAACUAAGCUGGACCUGCGACCUUGGAAAGGUGUGAUCACAAAUAGGUUUACUUGGUUUCAUGAUAUUGAUGACCAGGAAGAACAGCUAUAUGGGAACCUUCUGUUCCCUCCUAUUUUAAAUCGGGGGACCUGUGAAGGGAAGUAUACUUAA